GAAUUUGAAAAGGCGGCUCUGGAGCCCGAGCCAGACCGCGUGGGCGCUCAGAGCAGCGUCGGGCAUCUCUGCCUCCAGACCGGACCCCAGGGCCCAGAGGCACUGAGCUCCUCGCCCUCCUACCCCACCGGAUCGCCUCCCCAGGUCCCCGGGGCUCCCCAUGUCUUCCCAAUUUGGCGGAGCGGGGCGCCGCGGGGCGAGUCCUUAGUGGGCAGGCGGAUUCGUGCGGGACCCCGGCCCCCUGCCCGCGAUGAAGCUGCCCCUCUUUCUCCCCUGGGCGUGCUGCCUCUACGGCUGCACCGUGGGCACCGGCUUCCUCUACCCGUACCCGUCCGCAGCCCUGCAGCACAACUACCAGGAGCACGGUUCCGCACCUCCGGGCAGCGGCUACGCGAACCGCCGGAACUGGUGCCAUCAUACUGUGACAAAGAUGGUCUCCUGUCAAGUACAGAAUGGGUCAGAAACAGUGUUCCAGAGGGUGUACCAGAGCUGCCGAUGGCCAGGACCGUGUACUAACUUAGUCAGUUACAGGACCCUGAUCAGACCCACCUACAAAGUGUCUUACCGAACCGUGACAGCUCUGGAGUGGAAGUGCUGCCCUGGGUUUGCCGGAAGUAACUGUGAAGAGGAAUGCAUGAAUUGCACCCGGUUGAACGACAUGAGUGAGAGGCUGUCUGCACUGGAAGUCAAGAUUCUCCUUCUGGAAGCAGCUGGGAGUGUGGCAACAUCAGAAAAUGACAUCACCAAGACAACCCCAACCUGGAAUAAAGAUUUCUUGCCGGAUGCCAUCCCGCUGUCUAAUCCUGGGACUAUGAGGAGGAACCCUUCAGGACCAGUCGGAUUUGUGGGACAGAUGGGCCCUCCAGGACCAAUGGGCCCCUCGGGGCUCCCAGGGCCACCUGGAUCCAAAGGUGAAAGGGGCCAGAUGGGGGAGAUGGGCCCAAGGGGGCCCCCUGGGCUCCUGGGGCCUCAGGGGCUGAGAGGACUUCCUGGAGAGACUGGGCUCCCUGGGCCUCCUGGGCCCCCAGGGCCUCCUGGCAGCCCUGGCCUUCUGCCCCCACUCCAGCAAGGGGUUUUGUAUUCGCUCCAGCCCACAGGAGAGAAAGAAAAUGGCGACUCCCAGUUGUCUUCCACCAUAAUAGACACCAUCAUGGCAGGAAUCCCUGGGCCUCAGGGCCCCCCUGGCCCACCAGGACCACCUGGACCCUCUGGACCCAAUGGCCCCCCAGGUCCCAUGGGAGCUCCAGGCUCCCAGGGUGAACCUGGUUCAAAAGGAGCAGAAAAGGGAAAAGAGAGUGAGGGAGUACAACAGCUUCGAGAAGCCCUGAAGAUCUUAGCAGAGAGGGUGCUGAUUCUGGAGCACAUGAUUGGAAUCCAUGACCCGCUGUCUUCCACUGAACCAGGCUCUGGACAAGAUGGGGCACUAGGCCCUGCCUUACAAAGCAAUAAGAUGAAACGAGGGGGCCCCCUGGCCCCACCCCAACCCUACGACACUCUCUCUUCCUUGCUCGACAACAUUGAACCCAGAAGGAACGGUAAUGAGAGCAGCAGCCUGAAGUAAGCAGCCUGUCAUCCCCCUGGGACAAACCCGUGCGCUGAUUAAAGAUACAGUAUCCAUGGACAGAAAUGCUCAAGAUUGUGGUCCUGGGCCCACACCGGGGGAAGCUGGGGGUUGGGGGGCAGGGCUCUGGCUGUGCUCCUGGAGGCUGCUUUGGUUUGGGAGGCUCUCCAAACAGCAGCAGGCAGGAUACUGCCCCCGUUAACAGCAGUCAUCCUCACACUCCUAUGAAUGGGGGUCUGGGCUGGCAGGAGGUUAUUCCGGAGGAAUUUGAUAAGGGUGUGUGGAUGGCAUCAUCACUGGGCAUUCUUACCUAGGGGCAUCAUGGGCAGAGCAGCUUCCCCAGAGCCCCACUAAAACCAGAAGUUUCCUGUUGGUCUGGCUGGCCCUCAGUGCCUUCUGAGCAAACCAAGCAGGCAAAGCUAGCUGCUUGCUCACAGCAGCUGGGAAAUAGGACCCCAGAGCCUUUUUUGGAAAGGCCUGAGCUGUCUCUGUGCCCCCAGUCAUAAAGGUUCAUCUGCCACUGCAGCACACCCUGGACCGACUCCCUGGAAGAAACAUUUGUUUUUAUGGCUCUGUUGCCCCUUCUGUUCUUUUGUCACCCCAAGUGAAAGAGGAACUCAGAAGAAAACAUUCUGUGCCCGUGUUCAGUGUUCUGUAAAUAGCCAGGGGGUUCAGAUGCUCCUGUGGCCCAUCAAGCAAGCAAGCAUUUAUUAAGCACCUAGAGAAAGUAUAAAGCCCUGUGCUUCUACCUCCUUCAUCGGCUCUACCCAUCCUUGACUAAAAGUUGCAUUAACCACAGCAAGGCCAGAAGUCAGAUCAUGGUGAAAGCAGAAGCGCUGAGCUGGGUUAGGUGGGCACACUUGGUGUGUUCCCAUUUCUUCUCUUCAAAUGUGACAUGCCCAAGAAUAAAUAGGAACCUCCUUAGUGUGUCUCUGUCCCCAACAAAGCCUUCUAGAAGCCCAUCGUGCAAGAGAUAAACACCCUGGAGGAGCAAGCUUCCAAAACAAAGUUCUUAUUCCUCUAUGGAAGUUCAUCAGAAGUCUGGGGGAAGAGCAGCAGUGAUUAAAAGGAAGUAACCAAGCAAUAGCCCAUCAGAAGCGCAGACCACAUGCUGCACCUUUUACCUUGACUACUUCCCUUUUAAAGACUCCAUCUCCACUCCCAAACUCAGAUGACCACUUGUUUCUGAGGUCUGAUUGUUGAGUUCUUCCCUAAAGCCUCCAGGGAAAAGAAACCCAGCUCAUUGAGUAAGUUCAACUAAUCUAACAGCUGGGUCCAAAACACUGUCUCCCAGCUGAAGCCACUCAUUGGACCACUUUCUAAUCAGAAAGAUGUUACUCCCCAAGUGACUUCAGGUCCCUGAGAGCCAACCAGCAAUGGGAACUGGGAGUCCUGAGACAGGAUGAAAGGUGAGUGGAGGACAGAGAUUUGCACCAGAUUACUUACUCCCUAGAGUGCUAUCCUUGAUUCAUUUCAGCCUACUAAGAUAGUUAAACUAGUCAAGUUCUGUGAGUGAGCAAAAUCUCAUGCCCCAACUGCCCAGAUUAGAGUUCAUCAGGGUGGCUGGGCUGGGCAGAAAGAGGACAAAGCACAGUCAGCCCUCCUGGCCUAGAAUGCAUCAUCAGCAUCUUAACUAACUCCGUGUUGCCAAGCUGUGAAGAGUUUGCUUAAUCCCAAACACAGCAUUUCCUACUCAAUUGUGUGGUACUGUAUCUUUAAUUUUGGUGCUUUUAGAAACCAAAUUUGGGUGGGCUUUCUCUGGACCUACCCAGUCACCAGACCUUAGGAUAAUAAUCUCUCCACUCAAAGUAACUUUCCUAACUCAAAGAGGACUUUCAGGACCUUGUGUCUUACAAAGUCCCAUGGAUAGUGACUAAUAGCUGGUAUUCCAAAUCUGCCUCUGUGCUUUCAGCAGCUGACUGAGAUCCCUACUGGCUGGACCUUUAGUUUGGGUUCACUGUAUUUCCGUGGGGUGUUCAUUCAUGGGUCUGUUUCCAUCUCUCCAAUGCCACGUCACCAAGCUGGUGCCUUCUGCAGCUUUUCAGAUUUACCAAAAUCACCACCAACAUCUCCCUUCCUUUUAAAUGAUUUUUUAGUUUGGUUCAUGUCACUGAGGCACAAAUGGAAAAACUAUUUUCUCUUCUUUGCAUCAAGCUUAGAACUGAGCUGGUUCCAUGCUGGGCUUCCCUCCAGUGCUAGGCUCUAGCAAUGGAAUUCUUGGAUUCUGGUGGGACUGAAACUAAGUGUGGAACACUUAGGCAAAAGUUAUCGCAGUGGCGUCUUCAGAGCCAACUUCACAGUGGACCAGGGGAAGAAGGCUGGCUUUACUGGCUGGAAAUUCCAGACCAGAAUUAUGGCUGAUUCUCCUUGUUCCAACAGCAGCAUUCCAUGGUGCUAAUUUUAUAGCCUAGCUAGAACAACCUCCUGGUUUCUAUGAUUAUGAUGAAGUAAAUGAAUCACAAGUUUAAUACAAGCCCAUGAAGCACAUUUCUAUGCACUGAAGAAAAUGCUGGUGUUAUGGUUCAGUGCUAAUUUUUAGACUUUUUCUUAUUUAUGUUGAUGUGUUCUGUAUGUGUAAGUGUCCCAGCUUUCCGAAUUUUACCAUAUGCUCUAACCAUUUGUUCCUUUAUCUACAAACUACAAUUCUGUGUAGGCUUUCUCAAAGGAAAACACUAGCUGCCCUCCGCUUUUUGUUUUAUUAACUCACUUUAACUUGGUUAAACUAGCUGCCUGGCAGAAGAGUGGCAGCAUGGCCAGGCCACCAGUGGAUGGUCCCUCUCAGUUUCCCUAUGGCGAUGUUAUGCUUCAUAUUAUUGACUUUUUCUCUCUCUGCUUUGGUGUUAGGUUGUAGGGGACAUCUUGUACUUGGCAUUCUUACAGAGCAAUGGGACCAACAGUGCUAAGCCCGCUGAGGCCCAAGGUCUUUCAUGUAACGAACUGAGAAAUAAAUAUAUCAUCCAUGACAAAAUUUGUU